AGAACUACAACAACAGGGAGAAGCGAUGCACCUGAAGAGCGUGAUGACUGAUCCCAGCUUACCUCACAAAACAAGCAGGACAAACGACCAAAGAGUUGUCAGCGACGACGUUUACACCUUAUUCCCACCACGCGGAGGCUAUUUGGAUUGGACUGUGAAUUUUACGGGUAAGAACGCUGUGGAAUCAGACGUCGAG